AUGGUGAUGGCUUCCGACCAGGCGCGGCUUCUUCUGCUGCUGGCCGUGCUGUUAACCGAUGCCGGCCAAGCCGCAGACCCCGUGGGCACGGGCGGUCCUUCGAUGGUGCACGUCGGCGAGGACGCGCUGCUGACCUGCGUCGUGAUGACGCCCUUCAACAACGACACCGUCCUGUGGCGCAAGGGACCGCACGAGAUCCUGUCGGCCGGCAUGAACCGGGUCACCGGUGACAAGCGGGUCAGCGUGCUGCACGACGACUCACCCAAGGGCAGAACUCCACUCGGCGGAGACGUGUGGGUUCUACUCAUUAAAGAGGCCCGCUUAAACGAUUCGGAUGUGUACGUGUGCGAGGUGAACAGUGACCCGAUUGUGAGGAGUUUCCAUCCUCUGACAGUUCGUCAACCUAAGAAGAAACCAACUUCCGGUUCGAACGCGACGGAACCGGGAGCGACUGCUACGAGUCAAUCGACGUCACCGGAAACGGCCACCUCGGAGGAAGACGACUCAUCGGACGUUUACAUCGACUCCGAGGAGGAAGUAAGCCCUGACGGUGUACCACUUGUGACGCAUGAUUUCACCGACUGUUGCCAUGCCAACAACGUGUCCGAAGGUUGUAUGGGUUUUUGCGUGCUGCACAACAUCCUCGACGGAUCGGCCGGUGCUGAGCCGGAGCAGUGUGAGCGAGAUUUCCCGAACAUUGUGCGAUGUAUGGCGGACGGACGCAACCACGUGCCGUGUUGUGUUGAGAAAGGCAUCCCGGAUCUCUGCCAGGAUAUGUGUCGCGGCGAGUACACACCGUUUACGGAUUUGCUUAAAUCGCGCGUGUCUUGUGUGCAGCACACUCUGCCCGGGUUGCAGUGCAUUCUGGACAACAUCCAGCGGCUACCGUCGGAACCACAAUCGGUGUCCGUCGAGCCACUGACCGAGCGUUCGCUGCAGGUGAGCUGGCAGGCUCCGGAAAAGCUGGGUGCAACCGUUAAGUACUACCAGGUGAACGCUACCAGACUGCACGCGUUUGAUCAGGACUUUUUGGCGAAUGCGACCGACGCGAAGGAUGGCCUGGUGACGGUGAGGGUGCCCGCGAACCAAACGAUGGCUGUCCUGUCCAACUUGAGCCCGUUCACGAUGUACACCGUCACUGUGAGUGCACAGAACGAUCAUGGCACUAGUCUGCCAAGUAUGCGCAUUCGUGCUCUCACGCUCGAGGGUGGUGUCGUCAGCAAACAGACCAGUGUCGCUGUGGUUCCAGUGCUUCCAGAUGUCCGCGGUUGCUGCAUGAAGAAAGGCAUCACGCACCGCACCUGCCUAGAGAAGAUGUGCGAUCCCGUGAAAGCCGACUUCACCGAAGUACCCGAUCUGAUGGUAUGCGCCCCAUGGGCCAACAUCACAUUCGCCUGCCUAGCGAACAACAUCGAUCACACACCGUGUUGCAAGAGCCGUGGCAUUCCCGAAGGAUGCCUGUCAUUCUGCUCCGGCACCGUGAAAGCGAUCAACUUCAACUACUUCAAAUGCCUGCAGUACAUGUCCGAGUACAGCAGCUGUUUGCUGCAGGGCUACGGUGUCCUUUCGGGUCCACCAUCGAAGCUAAAGGCGCCGCUGAUCGCGAGCCACUUUGUGGUGCUUGAGUGGAAACCUCCGAAGAUCCUGCCGGAUACGGUGACCGCGUACCAUCUGCACUACCGCAAACUGGGCAGUGGCGAAGAGUACAGCGUGCUCGAGAAGGAUCAAGCCCCUGUGAUCGUGGAGGAUCUUGAAGCAGCUACCUACUAUGAAGCGUUCGUUGUUGCGGUCAACGCUCACGGCAAGGGUGGACCAUCACCUCGCUUAGUGUUCCAAACGAAACGCGACUCACUGAUGGAACCAACGCACACGCAGUACAACAUAUCAGCUUGCUGUCAUGCGUCAGGACUGCUGCCACAGUGUGCACCGCUCUGUAGCUACGACGCGAAGAUGUCCGACAUCCAGAAGUUGGGUAAUACCUGCCGUGGACAGAUCGGAACCAUCGUCCGGUGUAGUGCUGGUGGGCGUGAUCAUACGUCGUGUUGUGCACGUCGUGCGGUACCACCGAAAUGUCAGUCACUUUGUCGUGGCGUUAUCACAAGCUCACCGGCCGAAUGUCUCCCAUUCGCGGGUAACAUCAUCCAGUGCUUCGAGGAAGGCAUCGGGCACAUUCCGGCACCGAUCGAGGAUCUGCACGUCACCUCAGUCACGAACACGUCGAUCUCGCUCGCUUGGGUUCCGUCGGAGAUGGAUGCGAACAACACGGAAAACCGGCCCAUCGAUUAUCUGGUGCAGUACGGCAAGGUGAACAACAUGACGAUGUACGAGACCGUGAUCAAGCUGGAGCAUGAGCUCAACACCACGGAAACGGACGUUGAGCUGAAGGAGCUUGAACCGAAGGCGUUGUACCGUAUCACGGUGGUCGCUCGUGGUGAUCACGGUACCUCGCUACCGUCUUCGAUGUUACUGAUCAACACCUCCCGGACGGAUUCAGCUAGCACGGUGUACGGUGCACCAUCUCCACCACAUUCGCUGUCGGUUUCUGCACACAGUGCCACCUGGAUCACGGUAUCCUGGCAGCCGCCCGAGUUCUCGCAUCCACACGAGAGCAUCACGUACCGUGUGAUCCACAAGGUGGCCAACAACUACACCGUGAUCGACACGCGGUUGCUGUGGGUGCGUGUUAACAAUCUGCUCCCAAACACGCAGCACAUCGUGUACGUGGUGGCGAUCGGCUCGAAGGGAACUAGUCUGCCAUCGGAGACGCUUGUCGCGUGGACUGAUCCUGCUUUGCCGGCUUACGUUGAUCCCCCGACGGUACACCCAUCAGACAUCAUCUCUGAGGGUGGUUCGAUGACCAUUCUCUGCCUGGCGAUGGGUAAUCCUGCUCCAACCAUCUCGCUGUAUGUCGGAGGACACCUGGUGCGGCAGGACACCUCGCGACACAUGAUCACCGUGAUUCACAACGUCACCACCGAUAUGGAGCACAUCUCUUGCUACGCGGACAAUGGCUACGGCAUUCCGAUGCAGGCUGCCAAGAAGGUCAACAUCAGCUUUGCGCCACGUAUUCAAGCAUCGGGCAUUACGGUGGCAUCCGUGGGUGAGUCCGUUGACUUGCGGUGUACUAUCCGUGCGCGACCGAUUCCGAAGACCAUGUUCUGGCGAGAUCAUGACGGACGCGUACCAGUCAUCCAGGGUGGCAACUACGAUAUGUCCAUGAAGAACGACGUUGAUGACAACUCCCUGUACGUGAUGACACUGUCAAUCGCUAAGCUGAGCUCACAAGACGUUGGGGACUACUUCUGCCACGCCGAGAACGCCCUGGGUUCGUCGACACGUGCGGUGUCAGUUCGCAUCCGCAAUACGGCCGCAUCGUCCAACAUAUCCGAAUGCUGCAUGGCUCAGAACGUGUCGUCCGCGUGCAUGAGCGCCUGUUCGUUCUACAUCGACAUCGAGAGUGUGAUCGAUCGGCCAGAAUGUAUCGUCGACUUCGACAAGCUAAUGCGUUGUGCUGCCGAUGGUUCCGAUCAUCGUGGUUGUUGUGCCUCGAAGGAAGUACCGAGACGCUGUUUGAACUGGUGCCGUGGUGAACCGAUCACUCCGCCUGGUAUCUGCGCGUUACAGCACACGCGCACGAUCGUCGGUUGUUUCCAGGAAAAUCGCGAUCGUCUCCCAGGACCACCCCAGAACCUGAAGGUGCAAGUACUAAGCGAUGAGGAAGUUCUGAUUCGCUGGGAUCCACCGGCCAAGAACCCAACGACCGUCGAGGGAUACCGAGUGUUCUGGCAUGAUCUGGAACCCGUCACCGACAACCUAUCGAACGUGAUCAACGGACUAGCGACGAGCCGGUUGGACGCGAAAGAGACGAGCAUUAAACUGGAGGGUCUCAAACCGAACGUCAUGUACGAGUUGGUGAUCAAAGCCGGCAAUCAUUUGGGUGCGUCGGUGCUUUCGGAUCCGCUACGGUUCACUCUGGGCGAUCAGCACAUCACGAGUGCGUCUCACGGUACCAAUGCCGGUGUGGUUAGUGGCAUCAUUGCUGGGUUGCUUGCGAUUAUGCUCGCGAUCGCGGCGAUCUUCGUCGUGAAGCAGCGAAGAUUUGGCCAGAAACAAGCGAACGGUGGUGUGGCGUUUGAGAACCCGAGCUAUCUGCGCGAGAUGAACGUUGAGCAUGUGCAGAUUCCGGCCGUUUCCGGGCAAGGCGUCGGUAAUGGAGCCGACUGGCGGCAGGAAUCACUUCACACCGCGAACGGAACGGCCACGACCGGGCUGAACCACGAUAAUGCCGUCGUCCCGAUGGCCACCGAGGUCAACCCGUCACUGUACGAAGAGCUCAAGCUUGGCCACGAUCGAGCCGGCUUCAAACGACUGGUCUCCUAGGAAACGAUGAUGGCCGGUCCGGAUCAACCAGCGACCGGAGGCAACACGGUACUUGUACAUACCAGCGGACAGUUUUAGAUGUGAUCAUCGGCCUUCAGUGGGUUGUGGGUUCGAUUCGUAGAGGAAAUGAAGCCGAUUUGUAUUUUGUACUCACGCGUCUGUGGCACGAUGUGGGACGAACCGAUCGUAUCGUAGUUUUGACGCCCUCUUCGCAUGAUGCCUCCAGUGUGAUAGAAAAUAUGUCUUAGAAAUGAAGCCACCAUCUCGUUCAAAGCCCGUAACCAUUUGAUGGCAGAAAAAAAGGGACAGUGCAGUUGCGGGUGUGUUUUUGAUCGUCGAAGUCGAGAGCUUUGGAAAGGCACGGCAUCUGCUCCAUCCAAUUGCUGCAACCAAGAAAACAAGUACCGCUCUAGUCAAAUAAGCAAACAAGAAAACCCAACAACUGGCAUAGCUCGGGCAUUACUUAUUUCCCCUUUCAAGCACGAACGCGGGGGCGUCGUUUCGUGGCUAGUUACCACUCCGUUACAUUUGCGUUUCACGAAACGAAACGUUAGCCCUUUGGGCAGAAGAUCUGUCGAUUAGGAUCUGUCGAAACACACACACACACACAUUUAAUCGCAGCUCACGAGCAAGCCAGAACGCUUAACGAAGCACGAUUAUUAGCGUGACAUCUGCAGGCUUGUGGUUUGCGAGUUCUUGCAGUAGUUUAGUGCACAUCCUCUGCGCACAAGCGGAAGGAUUCCCAGCAAAACGCCCCUUCAACAGUGCACGCUCGAACGUUGGUUGGAUUAAGGAUACGAUAUUUAGCAAGGAAGGAAGAGUGAGUUUAGAGUUUUUAGAGCAGUUUGAUGACAUACCAGCCCGUCUCGGCAGGUGAGGCAGACUUGCAACCAGACAGCGCGCCACCGUACGUUGAAUGUUGGUUUUUCAACCGAGCGCGGGAACUUAUUUACCAGUGCACUGUAGUUGCGAGCGGGAGCCCAAAACGAUGGCGCACGAAGAAAAUGCGUACAGUUAUUAACACAUACACAGAAGAGACAAAAAAAAACAUACACGCGAGGGAAAAUUGUUUAAGCCAUUUAGCGGAGCCAGUGUGCGCGUGAGCGUAAUGGCGCGAAAAAGUUUCAUUCGAUCGGCGCAAAAGUGAACGACGAUAAGGGGCAGGCUAGGGCGAAGAGUGU